AUGCGGGCCAAGGCUGCUAUGCCGAGUGAAGAGCGCACGAACAUUGCGCGCGACGAUAGCGACUCGUGGGAGUCGUGGCACCGGAGAUAUGGACACCUGGGAUUCACAGGGUUAGAGAAGCUCUACAAGGAAAACUUGGUGGAGGGACUCACCAUUGAUGAAAACUCGAUGCCACUGACACAGUGCGAAGCCUGCAUUCAAGCCAAACAGGCGCGCCGUGCAUAUCCGAAGGAGGCAGAGGACUGA